UUGGAAACGAUUCUUUUCUGCUACACGCUGGCGCACGAUUCUUAGCUUCUCCGGGUGAGUGUGCAAUCCAAAUCCUCCAAAGUUUCUCUGCUUCUCUCCGUGCGGUGUACACUGCGCACGAGCUCUUCCAUUCGUGCGCAAUUCACGUCGCAUGGUUCGAACGCGUUGUGCUGCAACUGAAAUCGAUAAUAAGAGAAAGAGGAGAGGAGAGGAACCAUGGCUGAUCUGUUUGCGUGGCUCAUCUCUUUCUUCAUCCUUAUUGCCUUAAUUGUACUCAUCAUUUACCAGUUAAUGUGCCUGGCAGACCUAGAAUUUGAUUAUAUAAAUCCUUAUGAUUCCUCAUCUCGAAUAAACAAAGUGAUUUUGCCUGAGUAUAUUAUAGAAGGUGUGCUAUGCUGCUUCUACCUUGUAACAGGGCAUUGGUUUAUGUCACUGUUAUGUGCUCCUUACCUCUACUACAAUGUGAGAUUGUACAGACAGGGAAAUCAUCUGGUUGAUGUUACAGAGAUAUUCAACUUGCUCUCUAAGGAGAAGAAGCAACGGCUUUUCAAACUCUUCUAUCUUGUUUUUAUUCUUUUCCUCUCCUUAUUUUGGAUGAUCUACACAUCUCUGGAAGACAAUUAUGAAUAAUUGCUGUUGAUGGCUUGUUUUGUGGAAUGCUUCUGGAAGUAUCCAUUUUCUACGCUAUUCUGGACUAACUUGUACUUUAGGUUUUGGUUGCUGCCAGUUUCCGUUGUUGGACAUUGAAAUGUCUGUAUCAUGUAUCAAUACACUUCAAAGCAGU